CGCACCUGCCCCGCCUCCGCCAGGCGGGCCGCGGAGCAUGCAGCGGACCGGGGGCGGGGCUCCGAGGCCCGGGCGCAACCACGGGCUCCCAGGCAGCCUCCGCCAACCCGACCCCGCCGCCCUCCUGAUGCUGCUCGUGAACGCCGAUCGGCCGGAGCCCGUGCGCAGCGGAGCGCGGGAGCUCGCGCUCUUCCUGACCCCCGAGCCUGGGGCCGAGAUCAGGAGUGAUACGUCACAGAUCCUGGAGGAAAACAUCCCAGUCCUUAAGGCCAAACUGACAGAAAUGCGUGGUGUCUACGCCAAAGUGGACCGGCUAGAGGCCUUCGUCAAGAUGGUCGGACACCAUGUCGCCUUCCUGGAAGCGGACGUGCUUCAGGCUGAGCGGGACCAUGGGGCCUUCCCGCAGGCCCUGCGGAGGUGGCUGGGAUCCGCAGGGCUCCCCUCCUUCAGGAACAAGUCGCCUGCACCAGUACCCGUGACGUAUGAGCUGCCCACACUGUACAGGACGGAGGACUAUUUUCCUGCGGACGCCAGGGAGGCACAGCACCACCCCCGCACCUGCCCUCGGCCUCUGUGAGCUUUGUGGUCUUCCCAUCAGGAAUGCUGGAAAAGUGAUAUUGUGUACAUGCUGCAGCUUGGGGGGUUUUUUCUUUGUAUUGCUGUUUAUUUUAUAUUUUAAAGAGAUUUUUUAAAAUGUCGAGAUGGGCUCUCACUAUGUUAUCCAGGCUGAUCUCAAACUCCUGGGCUCAAGUGAUCCACCCGCCUUGGCCUUUCAACGUGGUGGGAUCACGGGCAGCAGCCUCCGCGCCCAGGCUGCUGCCAUUUUCAGAUUUCCUCCCUGCCUCAUGUGAGACUACAGGGUUUGGAGAAGCAGUUGGAACCCACGUGUGAUGCCUCCACGUUGGCCUGCCUGGGGUUCUACAGGGGUUGAGGGGCCAGGCCUGGCCGGGGCUGAUGGACAGUGGGGACUUUCCUUCUCUCCAUGAUGGCUUUGCAGCGGCUCCAUGGUCCUCUCUGUGAUGGGGUUUUGCACGGGGUGCGCUCUGCCACUGUGGUGGGUGGAUGGGUGGAUGGGUGCUGGUUGUGUUGCCUCUAGACCUCGGUGCCCACAGCCUUGAGGAUCCUUCCAAUAAAGGUGUCGAGAGCUCA